ACUUACUUCAUUGACUGAAGCGCUAUCAGAGCCACGUGGAGCUCCCAAGGCCCCUUCCCCCCACUUCCCUUUUAGUCCUGCCAGGGUCAGUGUGUGUUUCUUUCUUUUUUUUUUUUCAAUGAACAUGACUUCUAGAGUCAAGGUUGUUCGAGUUCCCCCACCCCCAAUCGGGGAUAUAAAUAGCACCCACAGCGCAGAGCUGAGGGCCAGAGAGCAAGAGCUAGGAGGAAGGAGGAGCAGAUACUCGGUCAUGAGCUCCGACCCGCCAGAAGCCUGCCCAUGCCGGGGCGCUUCAGGUGGCCCAGCCAUCCUAUAUGCCCUUCUGAGCCCCAGCCUCAGGGCCAGGCCUCCUGCGCCCCCAGCCCGAAGCCACUGCCUGUGCAAGCAGCACCGGCCCGUCCAGCUAUGCACUCCGCAUCGCACCUGCCGGGAAGCCUUGGAUGUGCUGACCAAGAUGGUAGUCUUCCUCAGGAACCUGCCGUCCUUCUGCCAGCUGCCUGCCCAGGAUCAACAGCGGCUGCUGCGAGGCUGCUGGAGCCCCCUCUUCCUGCUUGGGUUGGCUCAAGACACCGUGACCUUCGAGGUGGCUGAGGCGCCGGUUCCCAGCAUACUCAAAAAGAUCCUGCUGGAGAAGCCCAACAGCAGUGCGGGCGGAGCCAGGCCGCAAGGUCAGCCCCAGCCCUCGCUGGCUGCGGUGCGGUGGCUUCAGUGCUGCCUGGAGUCCUUCUGGAGCCUCGGACUCAGCCCCAAGGAAUACGCCCACCUAAGAGAAACUAUCCUCUUCAAUCCUGAUGUGCCAGGCCUUCACGUCUCCUCCCACAUCCGGCACCUGCAGCAGGAGGCUCAGCAGGUGCUAUGUGAGGUCCUGGAGCCCUGGUGCCCAGCAGGCCAAAGCCGCUUGGCGAAUGUCCUUCUCGUGACUUCCACCCUCAAGUCCAUCCAGCCUGGCCUGCUGGUGGAUCUCUUUUUUCGCCCUGUCACUGGGGACACUGACAUCGGCAGUCUCCUCGAGGACAUGCUUUGGCUUGGACAAGUGCGCCCAAGCAGAGACCCGGCAUAAGUUGGACCAAAGUUGGCGGUGCUGAUCCAGCCUGGCUGUCCCCCCAGGAUGGCCCUACACUCCCGAGGAGGCCAGUCUGUUCAGACAGUACACAGCUGCCCAGGAGAAGGCACGGUCGGGGGCUUGCCCUCAACCACACCUGUCUGGCUAGCCUCUGAUGCCUCCAGAACCUCUAGGCCAAGUCUCCUGCUCUCCUGGAACAGGAAUGGAUGCUGGGAGUGUUCAUGGGGCCAGGAGUCCUACUGACUUUGCACAGACUGACUUAAGUUAUUGGGUUUUGUAAUAAAAGGUAUAAUACCUUCAGAGCCUGACUCUGUGGUGUGUGCCUGUGGAAAAGACCGUCUCUCCUCUGGGGUCACCCUGGCCAAGCAGAGAGGGAACCCCAGAGCAAGAGACCAUAAGGUGUGGGAAGUCAGCCUUCAGGACACU